GCAGAGGGAGUGCGUCACCUGACGGCCGCCUGCCCAUCCGCCCGGCGGUCGCUGGCUCUCUCCCGCAGUCGCCGACAGUCCAGUUGCGCCUUGCCGCGCCUGGGCUCUGAUGAGGGGACUGAAACAUAGCCAAGGUUAAAGCACCUGGGCCAGAGUCAUAUCACGGGUUGCUGAUGGUUAGAAGCAUGCUUUCCGCUGCACUUCCCGACACCACUUCUGUGCAGGAUGUCUCUGAGUGAGAACGCAGUGUUUGCCUAUGAGUCUUCAGUGCACAGCACCAAUGUCUUGCUGAGCCUGAAUGAGCAGAGGAAGAAAGAUGUGCUGUGUGACGUCACUGUCUUCGUGGAGGGCCAGCGCUUCCGAGCUCACCGCUCGGUGCUGGCAGCAUGCAGCAGUUACUUCCACUCAAGAAUCAUAAGCCAGGCUGAUGUGGAGCUUAACAUCACUCUACCGGAAGAGGUGACGGUUAAAGGAUUUGAACCUUUAAUUCAGUUUGCCUAUACAGCUAAACUAAUAUUAAGUAAAGACAACGUGGAUGAAGUGUGCAAGUGUGUGGAAUUUUUAAGUGUACACAAUAUUGAGGAAUCCUGCUUUCAGUUUCUCAAAUACAAGUUUUUAGACUCCACUGCAGACCAGCAAGAAUGCACAAGAAAAAAGUGCUUUCCAUCACAUUGUCAGAAAAAAGACCAUACAUUUUCACGUUCGAACCAGAAGGAUUUAGAAAUUGAUGAAGUAGAGGAAUUUCUAGAAGAUAAAAAUGUUCAGACUCCUCAUUGUAAACUCCAGAGUUAUCAAGAAAAUGUAAAAACAACACCACCUUUACAAGACAGUGCCAGCCAAACAUGUGAAUCCAUGUGCAUGGAGAAGAAUGCUGCUCUGGCUUUGCCAUCUUUAUGCCCCAAAUACAGAAAAUUCCAAAAGGCAUUUGGAACUGACCGAGUCCGAGCUGUGGAAUCUGGUGUCAAAGACGUUCAGGCUGCUUCCGUUCAGCCAAGUGAGACAUCUGAAAAUGAAUGUGUAGGAGGAGUUCAGGAUUGUGCAGAUUUGCAGGUGAUUUUGAAAUGUGAAGAAUCAGUGGAACACGAGGCAACAAAGAAGAAAGAACCCGCUUCUCAGUUCUCCACAGAAAAAGCAGAAGGAACUCCUUUCCCCCACGGUUCUGCAGACUCUCAUGGGCUCUACUCUUUGUCUCUUUUACACUCAUAUGACCAAUACAGUGACUUGAAUUUUGCUGGUAUGCAGGGCACAGCAGUGAAAGCUGAAAAACCUGUGUCAGGUACAGGUGUUCCAGAAGAGAAAACGUUUGGUGAAAGUCAAGAUUUACAGUUGAAAGAUGACUCAGGUCCCAAGGAGGACAGCAGCCUCACACCCAGGGAUCGGAGUAGCGUGGAGCGAGAAGUAGCAGAGCACCUAGCAAAAGGCUUCUGGAGUGACGUUUGCACUACGGACUCCUCUUGCCAAAUGCAGUUAUCACCUGCUGUGGCCAAAGAUGGCUCAGAGCAGAUCUACUCUCAGAAACGGUCUGAGUGUCCCUGGUUAGGGAUCAGGAUCAGCGAGAGCCCAGAACCAGGUCAGAGGACUUUUACAACAUUAAGUUCUGUCAGCUGCCCUUUUAUGAGUACUCUGAGUACUGAAGGGUGUUCGGGCAGUUUGGAAAUUGGCAAUGACAGUUACGUUUCAGAACAACAGGAACCUUGUCCGUAUGCUUGUGUGAUUAGCUUGGGCGAUGACUCUGAGACAGACACAGAAGGCGACAGUGAAUCCUGCUCAGCCAGAGAACAGGAAUGUGAGGUAAAACUGCCAUUUAAUGCACAACGAAUAAUUUCACUGUCUCGAAAUGAUUUUCAAUCCUUGUUAAAAAUGCACAAACUGACCCCUGAACAACUAGAUUGUAUCCAUGACAUUCGCAGAAGAAGUAAGAACAGAAUUGCUGCACAGCGCUGUCGGAAGAGAAAACUGGACUGUAUACAGAAUCUUGAAUCAGAAAUUGAGAAGCUGCAAAAUGAAAAGGAGAACUUGUUAAAAGAAAGAGAUCACAUUUUGUCAACUUUAGGUGAGACAAAACAGAACCUGACAGGACUUUGCCAACAAGUCUGUGAAGAGGCGGCUCUGAGUCAAGAACAGAUACAGAUUCUUGCCAAGUACUCAGCCUCAGAUUGCCCUCUUUCAUUUUUAAUUUCGGAAAAAGGAAAAAGCACAUCCGAUGGUGAACUUCUGUUACGAUCAAUUUUCAGUUUAUCAGAUUGGCCUCCAGCCACGUCCCCCAGUGGGAGAGGAGGCUGUGAGCCUGGCUGCGCAGGGGCGCGGGAUGCCCAGCCACCUCCCACAGCUGCCUCAGAGCCUGUGGGGCCUGUGGAGCAGAGUCGCCAGAGUGGUGGGAUCUCAGAUUUCUGUCAGCAGAUGACUGAUAAAUGUACUACUGAUGAGUAAGCUUUCUUUCCCCUCCUUUAGCCCCUUGGAUUUCCUACUGAAGUUUUGACAAAUUGUCUUAAAAGUCCAGUAUGGUCAUCUCUUGGUUUCAGAUCUUGUUUUCCCCUUGUAACUUUUAUUUCAUUCAAGAGAUCUCUCGUAAAUCAAUCCUGAUUUCCACAAGAGACAUACAGAUGAUUUGCCUCCUAGGUUUUGAAAAAUCACAUGUGAAAAUUUAGUAAGCCCUUAAAACCUAGGUUUCAAAAUAUAUCACUUUUUUAGUAGUUUCCAAGUAUUCAAAAUAACUAUGGGAGUGAAAACUGCAGCAUAUCACACAUGGUUCUCCAGGAGCAUCUGCAGAUAGUUCCCAGUAAAGAGGUGGCCUGCAGAACCUUAAUAAUCGCCUUUUGCCAUGUACUGGAUUAAAAAACAGUGCUGCUAGAGGUCCAGUCUACUCAGAAAUAGGGUGUCAGCAGCGGGAGGUAGGGCAGCAGCGUGAAAAGGAAAUCGUCUUAGCUGAAGCCUGAGUCCCAGAGCUCUACCCCUCUGCUGCUCCUGACACCGGAUGUGGGUUGGGCUGGCUGUGAUUCCUCAGCUGCUCUGGGGGACCUGGGUGAACAAGGAGGUGGCUGGCCAAGGAGGAAGCCUUUUCUCCUCCUCCUCAUUGACGCUACAAUUUCUGGCUGCAAAUCCAAACAGCAGAUACAUGUCAUUUUUCCCUCUUGUUUUUUUUUCCCCCUCUCCUCGCUACUCCCUACCACAUCUGGGCCCCUCAUGAGCUUGCUGUUUUCUUACAUUCUUAACUCGUGAACAAGACUCGAGACUGUGCUGAGUGAAUGAUCUGGCAGCAUUGUUAGAGGCGGCUCACCACACAUUGGGUCACCAGUGCCAGAAAAGCAGACAUUAGUGCACAGAAAAUUGCCUGCAUUCGCUAGGAGCACAGUUCAUUUUUCAUCCUGUUUUUAAAGUCUUGUGGUAGACUUAUAGAUACCAUUGUUAUAGAAAAAAUGUAUCUACUCUGACUGUGCUGGUUGAUGAGAAAAAGUGAAACUUGAUUUGUACCAUUUGGGAAUCAGAUUUUAAUCCUUUCUUUCGUGUGGUAUAAAGGCACAUAAAUCAUUUUGACUUUUGGGCAUUUAAAAAUCAUUCUUUGUAUAUAUUUGAUCCUGUUAUAAAAUGUAUUUAUAAUUUGAGCAUCUGCCCCAUAAUGUUUUAUGAUUCUUAGCCAAUAUGGAAUUACAGACUUGAGAUUAAAAAAUGAAAGCUAUAGACCUACACGAUUAAACAAAACAAAAACACAUACAGGUUUGCCUGCAUCCUUAAUCAUGAAUUCUGAAAUGCUUCAAAAUCCAAAACUUUGGAGCUCUGACAUGAUGCCCGAAGUGGGAAAUUCUACACUGGACCUCUAUGGCAAGGAGCAGCCACAGCACACAGACGAACUGUUCUUAGUUACUCUGGGCUGUGUGUGUCAGGUGUGUAAGGAACACAGAUGAAUUGUGUGUUCAGGCUUGGGAUCCAUCCCCACAGUAUCUGUUCAGAAACCUGAAAACAAAUCUGAAAUCUGAAAGUUCUGGUCUCAAGUAUUUCAGAUAAGGGGCACUUAACCUGUGUUCCUGGAACCAUUUGCAGAACCCAGUGUUUGGGGACGCACAGAGGUAGUUUAUAGUAUUUGCAAUGGAAAGUACUUCAUUUUAUUAAGUUGGACACCUGAAAAGAUACUUCUCUAGACUACUGCUGACUCCAUUCAAGGGCCUACAUGACUGAAAGGGGGGAAACAUCCGUCCACUGUGUACAAAUGAGUCAGAAACAAUAGAGCUUUGCCUUGAGAGUGGAUGGGGACCAGUUUCAAUGUUCCAGAGUGAUUUGUUAAACAUUACUUUUUUUCAUCAGGGUGUGGGGCAGGGUGGGAGUGGAUUUGCUAAUAUAUUGUCAGUGUUUGUAUGUUAUCUGUUAUUGACUUAAUCAGAAGAGAAAACUGGUUUGUAGAGGCUUCCAGAAGUACUUUUGAUUUGUCAGGGAGAAUGCUUAUUCUAUGAGAAUGCAUCCCAUACUACAAAAUAAUUCUGCGUACCUGUGUAUUUCCCCGUGUAGCUGUUUCCUUGAUACUUGUAAUUUUAAAUUUCAGUGUUGCAGUAUAAAAUAAUGCAAAGACUUUUCUGGUUUACAAAAUGUAAAGUUUUCUUCAAGCCAAUGGAACCCUUGAUUUCCUACCUCAGUGUACACUCAACUGUCAAUCAUCAGUUUGUAUGUGCAAAUGUCAAGUAAUUUUUUUGCUUUAAUUGCAACUGUAAAUAUUUGCUUUGAACAAUAACUCUUUUAUGCUAAAUCCUAGUUAUCUCCACAGUUUGAAUAUAAUUUUUAAAGCUCCUAUUUUAUAUUUCUCUCUACCUGUAAACAGGUUAGCAUUAAGAGUCAUUUUAAUGGUAUGUGAUAAUUGGCCACAGGUAAUAUUUCUUAAAAUUUAGCAUUACCUUUAAUAGCCAGCAUGUAAGACAAGUAUAACUACACUACCUCAUACCUACAGGAUUUUCAAGUUGUAAUAUAGACAAAAGGAUUUUAUCUUUGUCAUUUGGCCAUAAGGUGGGGAAGUUUUCUAUAUAUUGCAUAGCAUUACACAUUUAUGCCUAUUUUAGCAUUAACUUCUAAAGAAGUUUUUUCUAAGGCAAUUUGUUUCAAGGCAAUAUUUUUUUUGAGGCUGCCGAAGACAAAUGAUAGGAUUAUGUGUAUACAGUGUAUGCCUUUUCCUUCAUGCAGAAUUUGCAAUUGUUGCUUUCAUUUUAUAUAUUGCAUAUGUACGUGAUCAUUGUUCCUUGUUUUAUGAACUGGCCUCAGUGCUCAAUCAAGGUUUUUAAAAAGAUAUUAUGUAAAAUAGCAUUACCAUAAAUUUUACUUCUUAUUUGAAUACUAUAGCUAUAGCAAUUUGUUAAAUUGUUAUAUUUAAAACAAAUGUGAAUAUAAUAUUGGUUCUCCAUCUGUAAGUUUUGUAACAAUUUACUAUAGCUUAGUGCUUAACCAAUUGUAAAUAAGGAAUUAAGUGUAGUAGAUACAAUAGAUGACACAGAUUGCACGUGGACAUUCAGCCACAUCAACAACUUGGAAAAACAAGAAAAGGCAAAUGUUAUCAUGAAUUCUCAGGUGAACUUUUUUCAGUUACGAAACAUCUAUUUUGAAUUUGUAAAUAUUUUAAAUGUUUUAUUAAGGCAUGUAAUAAACUAUUCUUUGAAAUCUGUUGGGUAGAAUGAACAUUAAAGCCAUAAUGGUAAAAGAUGGCAUACUGAUUGUAAAAAUAAACAGAAAUAAUAGCAUUAUUGAUUUUUUGUAUCUUUCAUAAUAUAAUUUUCUAACAAUACAAUAAAACCACUAAACUUGUA